AUGAGUCCGAAAAUUCAAAUGCUUGCUUCUGGUCGAAGGUCAUUCGUGAUCGACUACGAGAACAAUCGCUACCUGAAGGAUGGCGUGCCGAUACAGAUUGUGUCCGGGUCCAUCCAUUCAUUCCGUUCAUUCCCCCAGCAGUGGGACGACCGCCUGGCAACAAUGAGAGCUGCUGGACUCAACGCGAUACAAACCUAUGUUGAGUGGAGCAGCCACGAGCCUGAGGAGGGCCAGUUCAACUUUCAAGGACAACAGGACAUCGUUCGCUUCCUGAAGAUGGCGCAGAAGCAUGACCUGCUCGUUCUGCUUAGGCCUGGACCAUACAUAGAUUCCGAGAGGGACAUGGGCGGCCUUCCUUACUGGUUGCUGUCAACGAACCGUUCCAUAGGGCUAAGGACCAGCGACCCGCGCUACAUCGGUUAUGUACAUCGCUACUUUUCCAAGCUCCUCCCGCUCAUUCAGCCACUGCUAUAUGUCAACGGAGGACCUGUCAUUGCUGUUCAGGUGGAAAAUGAAUACGGCAGUUAUGCAGCGUGCGAUUACGUGUACACUGCAUAUCUGCGAGACAUGAUGCGCCGCUACUUAGGCGACGACGUCAUCCUCUACACGACAGACGGCGACGCUGAUGGUUACCUGAAAUGCGGAAAGCUUGAUGGCGCCUACACAACGGUGGACUUCGGCACAGGGAGUGACGUCGGUGAGGCUUUCGCUGUGCAGCGGCGGCACCAGGAACGGGGACCACUGGUGAACUCGGAGUACUACACGGGCUGGAUGGACCACUGGGCCGAGCCACACUCGGUCGUGAGCACGAGCGCUCUCGUUAGCCAACUGGACAAGAUGCUCAGCAUGAACGCCUCCGUCAAUAUGUACGUCUUCCACGGAGGCACGUCAUUUGGGUACAAGUCUGGAGCUAACGUGGAUGACCACUUCCAUCCAAUUCCCACCAGCUACGACUUUGACGCACCUAUAACUGAGGCCGGUGAUACAACGGACAAAUUCUACGCCAUACGGAAAACCAUCACGAAGUACCUUCCACUGCCACCGGGACCCGUUCCAAAGCCUAAACAGAAAAUGGCUCUUGGACCAUUCAAGCUCAGUCGGCUGUUCGGCCUAAGUGAGCUCCGAGAGAUGCUUUCAAACGCCACAAAGACGUCAGAACGCCCCCUGACGUUCGAGGAAAUCAGGCAGAGCCAAGCCCUGGUGCUGUACGAUACGUUCGUGUCGUUCCUGCCGCGCAACCCUGGAGCACUCGAGGUGCCUGGACUUCGGGACCGGGGAUACGUCUACGUAGACGACCUUUACCAAGGCGUUAUUUCCCGCAUGGACAACGUGUUCGACAUCAUGGUGUCGGUAACUAAAGGCCAGAGAUUGUCUUUGCUGGUCGAAAGCCAAGGAAGAAACGCCUACGGAGACCUCAACGAUGCAAAAGGAAUCAUUUCGGAUGUCACUCUUUCUGGAAUCGUGCUCACUCACUGGAACGUCACUCCCAUCGACGAACGGAAGGCACUGUCUGGAAACCUUGCGGUCAUUCCGCAGAAGAACCGCCACAUAUGCGGUGACGCUGGUUUUGCAGCGUAUGAGGCGAGGUUUCCCUUGACGUUGCCUUCGCCGCUGGACACCUUCCUAAGGCUGGACCACUGGAAGAAGGGUGCAGCCUUCUUGAACGGGUUCAACCUUGGCCGCUACUGGACGCCCAUGGGUCCUCAGAAGACCCUGUACGUGCCAUCCAUGCUCUUCGAAACUGAAAACGUUCUCAACAUUAUCGAACUCGAGCAAGCGCCAUGCUUGGGCCAGUCUACCGCGGAAUUCGUCGACACGCCAGAACUCAAUGCAACUGUACCUCUUUCUGUGCAUGCUGCAUUCCGAAAGCGAGGCAAAUAAAUAAGUUUCAACCGGGUA